AUGUCUUCAUCAAUUCCUAAAAGAAUACAUAGUAGUAUGCAAUUCGGAAAGGGCAUAUGGCACAUGAUUGUUUCUUGGAUUCAUUUGGUCUUGAUAUUAUCAACCAUGCUUUGUGUAUCAAACGCAGUUAAAAGUUCUUACAUUCAUGAUAUACAAGUGAAUUCUUACUUUUUCAAAUCUUUUGGUGUUCAACAAAAAAACAUUUCCAAUAUUUACCACCAUUACUAUCAUGCUUUGGAGGAUACAGUGACAACUGGCAGAUUUUUUGUGAACGCAAACGAACAGUCAAGCUUGAACAAUUUGACAAUUUACAUGAACAAUGUGGCAAUACACUCUCAACAAUUAGUUUCAGUUUCAAGCCAUGAGGAGAUAAUUUUUAAUGCUUCUGCUACAGGAUUUUCAAAUAAUGAACGAAACUACUUUUGGAAGAUUAGCAAUGGCAAUUCUUUAUUGAGUUUAUUAACAUCCAACCCUUUAACGCAUUCUAUUACUCGAGGACUUUUACUUAAAGUCAAUACUAAUGAUUUACUGCCUUCCAUCCCUUAUAAUUUUGAUUUUAUUGGUGAAUACAACUCCUCUAACAGCAACAUUACUAUGGAGUAUAUUUCCUUCUCAUUUAGUGUAGAAAGAUUGCCAAAAUCCAAUGUUAUAGCUCAAAUCAAUGGAGGAUUGUAUGAAGAGUAUUUACCAAUUUACUCUUAUAAUACUCGUUCCAAUUUAUAUCCAAAAGAAUCUGAUUUUGGUAGUAUAAUUCAAUCAGAUGGGUCCUUACAACUUUUUUCAACAAGUUAUGAUCCUGAAAACUUACCACUAGUGGAUUUUGUUAAAGAGUCUUUUAUUUGGUCAUGCUUUUACAUAAAAGGCCAUUCCUACAAGCUGAGUGGAAAAUCUCAAUUGAAAUCUGACAUUUCCUCAUCAGUAUUACUACCUUGUACAUUUGAAACACCUGUAAACACAUUUGAAUCAAAUUAUAAUAUUCCUACAGAAAAUCUUGAAUAUUUUAAUACCUAUGUGAUUUGCCUUGAUUAUAGUGUUGGUUCAAGAUCUGACACCACUUUUAUCAUACUUCGAACAUUAAAUGCCAAUGAAUAUUGGGCAGUUAGAAUUUUCCCAAGUAUCGACACCACAUUCAUGGAUCCAACAAAGGCAAUAGUAUUGAGUGGUGAAAUUUUUCCGGGUGGAGUUUUACUUUCUGGUGUAACCUCAUUGAAAUGGGAGUGGACUGUGAGUUAUUUAGGACGUGAAGAUCAACAAGAAACACCAACCAUUGUAAAGACUUCCUCUAAUUCAGUACUCUAUUUAGAACCUAGAACUCUUUUGAGCAAUGAGAAGGCAUACUCUUCCAGUCCUAAUAUUUAUGAGUUCUCCGUUAAGGCUAUUAUCAAUCAAAUAUACAUUGUUAAUUCAACAUUUAGGAGAAAGGUUGCUUCAAAGCAACAAGAUAGUAUUAUAGAUAGCAGUUCAAUUUCUAUUUAUCCAUUACUUGAUGGAUUUAAUAGGCCAUUAUUAGACAAAUUUGUUAUUGAAUUUCCUGGUAUUACUUCUUCCAGCGUCUCUGCAAUAUAUGAGAUUUAUUACUCUAUUGAAGGUGAUACAAUGAAGCUCUUGACCACUUCCACACAUAUGAACAAGUUAACAACUUGGUUACCCUACUCUCACACAAAUCAAGUUGAUAUCCAUAUAUUUUUACAAAUUAAUGAUCCAUCAAAGGAAUCAUACAACUUUAGAUAUUGGAUUGGAACUAGAAAUAUCAAACUAAACAACACUAGCACUGAUCACAAUUAUCUCAAGGCGACCAAAUCCAAAAUUCAAAACAUUCAACAGCAAGUCAUUGACAUUUUGCCAAACAUCACAGAUUUAAUGAAGAAAAAUAAUGUAACAGUUUUCGAACCAAAAAUUAUUCAAGAUAUUUAUCUAGACUUGGACAAAUUGUGCACUACUCUAAAUGAGUAUGCAGCCUUUAAUAAUUCUGAUGAAGAAGGAAUAAUUAGAGAACAAAUAGCUAGUGCAGCCAUCUCGGCUCGAGAACAACUGAAAACACUUAAUAGUUCUAACACUUUUGCACUUUCAUUAUUUGAUCUAUUCAGAAUGGAUAUUAAUUUAAUUCAACUAAUUUCCUCUCUCACCAAAAAACCAUCACAUCUAUCAUCUAGAUCUAUAUCGCUCAUAGUUGACUCUCUUUUACACCCAUUGCUUGUAAAUUUUUUGAAGGAACGAAAUUUAUUCAUCACCAGAACAAUAGAUGUCAUAGAUAUGAGACCAACUAGUGAAGUCAACAAUCCUAAAGUAGAAUUUUCAUCUCUAUUCUCUACAUAUUCUAAUUCUUUCCUUACUAUUCUUGACUCGUUACUGUCAACAGCAAACGCCAACACAAUAAUUGUUAAAUCACAAGUUCUUGCUGGUUUUUGCCAAAAAUGGAUUCACCAGUUGUCUAUUAGACUUUUAGAGGAGUCGGCGCCUUCAACUGCUGUAACCAUUACAAACAAUAACGUAGAAAUAAGCUACAAGAGAGAUUUGUUGAGUAGUCUGAUUGGUGCUGGAUUUGGAGAAGGGGCCUCUGUUUCUGUUGAUUACUCCAACGACACUAGAGAAUGGAAAGUGAACAAUAAUUUACUUCUUAUCCAACUUCCACCUGAAAUUAGACAACAAAGUCUAUUCAUUUCUGAUAUUGAGUUGAAUUCUGAUGAGAUUAUCCAUUCUAAUACAGAAAGAAGCACAUUGGCCAACUCGUUGGAUGCAUCCAUCAUAUCUCCACUUCCUUUGAACAUUACAGAUCAAUUUGUUGGGUUCAAGAUUGUAACUUUUAAAAAUACAGAAGGCAAUUCCAAAAUACUUGGAAACGUAAUGAUAAGUGUAGAAUUACUCUACAAUCAACAAUCAUUGAAAUUGAGAAAUUUAAAGUCACCAAUAGAGAUGGUAUUCUUUGCUGAUCAAAGUGUCUACCUACCUACUUACUUGUGGAUGGGGGGUGGAUGCCAUUUUUGGAAUGAAACUACAGAAGAAUGGUCAAAGGAGGGAUGCACCACUGUGGCAUCUUAUUCAUUCCUCGGUAAUUCCAAGCCAAAGGAUAGUUUGAUUACUGAUGAUUCCAAUCCUGGACUAAAUAGAAUUUAUUGCUCUUGUAAUCAUACCACCCUUUUUGCUGUAUUGAAGGCAAACACAUCAGAUGUUGAACUUAUCCAAGAUUUUACCAAUAAGGUUUGGGGAGAUAUUACAUCCUGUAUUUUAAUUUUAAUUUUCUCUGUUGGACAAGCUAUUUUUCUACUUAGUAUAAGGACACCACACAAUAUUUCGCUAAAGUUUAGAGGUUUUAUUCCAUUUUUUGGAAUUCUAGUCCUGAUACUCGAAGCACUUAUCAAUUUGACUAGAGAUGGAAUGAUUAUGAAUAUUUUCUUGACAGGUGUUGAAAUACCUUUCAUGGAUACAAUAGAUGGAGCCUUGAGAACUGUUAUCGAUCCAUUAUAUUGUGCCAUGCUAGUUCUCUACAUGUUGAAUAUUUGGCAAUACUACCACAAGGAAAGAUUCCAAUUCUUGAUGAAAAAGUAUCAAGAGAAAGAUGAAAAAUAUUCAAUUCGUAGAUAUGUUAAAUUCACUUCCAGAUCCUAUUUAGUUAUGCCAUGUUUGACUCUUUAUGCUGCCCAACUGUUUAAUAAGGGCUUGCUUAAUUACAUUGAGUGUAAUAGUUAG